ACUAUCCGCCCUGUCCGGCGCAGCUACUAUGACCCAUCGUCAGCGCCAGGCAAGGGAGUCGUGUGGGAGUGGGAGAACGACAGCGGGUCGUGGACGCCCUACGACAUGGAUGUGGGCAUCACCAUCCAGCGCGCCUAUGAGAAGCAGCACCCCUGGGUGGACCUGAGUGCCAUUGGCUUCUGCUACGUCAUUGACUUUGCCACCAUGGGCCAGAUCAACUGGCAAACCCAGCGCAAGCGCCGCGUCCGCCGCCGCCUUGACAUGGUCUACCCGCUGGUCUCGGGCACCCUGCCCAAGUCACAGUCCUGGCCAGCCAGCCCUGGGGCGGCGGCGGCCAAAGGGGGCGGGGGGCAGCCAGCCAGCACGCCCACCUUGAGCUCGGCCAGCUCCAGCGCCAGCCCCCCCGGCGCUGGCAGUGGCAAGGCGUCCCGUCCCGGCCUCAGCACCCUGAACCGCAGCCACCUCCAGCGCCUGGCCAUCGCCCAGUCCCGGGUGCUCAUCGCCUCCGGGUGACCUUCUGUUGCAGCCUGGCCCCUUUCCUCUCCCUCUCCGUCCUCCCCCUUCCCUCCGCUCCUGCUAGGGAUCACGGGGAUCCUCAUGAGUGCGGCCGGGCUGCCCGUCUGCCUGACACGGCCCCCCAAGCUGGUGCUGCACCCCCCACCCGUCAGCAAAAGCGAGAUCCAGUCCAUCCCCGGCAUCUCCCACACCUGCCGCAAGACCACCAAGAAACAGGCCAAGAAGGGUAAAACCCCAGAGGAGGUGCUGAAAAAAUACCUGCAGAAGGUGCGGCAUCCACCGGAUGAGGACUGCACCAUCUGCAUGGAGCGCCUCUCUGCCCCCUCUGGCUACAAGGGACCCCAGCCGGCCAUCAAGCCCGACCUGGUGGGGAAGCUGGUGAAAUGUGGCCAUGUCUUCCACCUCCACUGCCUGGUCGCCAUGUACAACAACGGCAACAAGGAUGGGAGCCUGCAGUGUCCCACCUGCAAAACCAUCUAUGGGGUGAAGACGGGGACACAGCCCCCGGGGAAGAUGGAGUAUCACAUCAUCCCUCACGCGCUGCCUGGCCACUCUGACUGCAAAACUAUCCGCAUCAUCUACAACAUCCCUCCAGGGGUGCAGGGACCGGAACAUCCAAACCCUGGGAAGAGCUUCACUGCCCGUGGCUUCCCCCGGCACUGCUACCUGCCAGACAGCGAGAAGGGCAGAAAGGUACUGAAACUGCUGCUGGUAGCCUGGGACCGGCGCUUGAUCUUCGCCAUUGGGACUUCCAGCACCACAGGCGAGUCAGACACAGUGAUCUGGAACGAGAUCCACCACAAGACAGAGUUCGGCUCCAACCUCACUGGCCACGGCUACCCCGACGUCAACUACCUGGACAAUGUCCUCGCCGAGCUCGCAGCCCAGGGCAUCACGGAGGAGAGCCUGGCGCAGGAGAAGGACUGA